AUGCAGCCAAUUAGAGACCUAAAGCCCAACUUCAGCGGGCCACCUCCGUCCUCCAUGGCUGCUGCUCCUGAUGGCUACCUCCAAGGCAACAUCCGCAUGACCCUGAAGGACGCUGAGCUCUGGAAGUCCUUUCAUGAGAUAGGGACCGAGAUGAUCAUCACUAAGCCCGGCAGGAGGAUGUUUCCGCAUUGCAAAGUCGACAUUUCCGGCCUUAUCCCAUGUGCCAAAUACAUCCUACUGGUCGACAUGGUUCCUGAGGAUGGAUCCAGAUACAAAUGGAAUAAAGAUAAGUGGGAGGUGGCAGGCAAAGCGGAGCCCCAGCCGCCCUGCAGGACCUACCUCCACCCCGACUCCCCGGCCUCUGGGAGCCACUGGAUGAAGCAGCCGGUGUCCUUCCUGAAGCUGAAGCUGACCAACAACACGCUGGACCAGCACGGACACAUUAUUCUCCACUCCAUGCACCGCUACUACCCUCGCUUCCACAUCGUCCAGGCCGAUGACCUCUUCAGUGUUCGCUGGAGCGUGUUCCAGACCUUCACGUUCGCCGAGACUUCCUUCACCGCAGUCACCGCCUACCAGAACACCAGGAUCACCAAGCUCAAGAUUGACCACAACCCAUUCGCCAAAGGAUUCAGAGACGAAGGAACCAACAAGAAAAGACGCUCCAACAAGAGCCCCGGGAGCGCGGAGAAGAAAUCCAAGUCCUCUGAAGUAUCGGCCCGAGACUCUGAAGACGACAGUCCACAAGACUUCUGCAGACAGUCCUUUGAAGGUUUCGAUGGGGACGAGGUGGACAAAAGGAAGGAGCCUGUGAAGGAGAAGACUUACUCCCCCUGGGGCAGGACAGAGUCCCCCAACGGGACAGAGGCCCGGGACAUGUAUAAUGCAGAGCAGCUGGUGCCCACUCCGGCCUCCUACCAGCCCUACAGGUUCAACGAGUAUCCCGGCAAGUCCCCGUCCCCCCCGUCCUCUGCCAGUCGGAGCAGUGCUAUCUCGGGCCGCUUCGAGCCCAGAGUCCCGGACCUGGCCACAGUCCCAGACCACAACUCCUCCAAGGCCACGAGGCCCCAGGACAUGGCUGCUUCCUCGUCGUCCUGCGCCCCUCAGAACCUGCCCCAGGACCUCACAGGGGUCAUCAACAUGAGCGUGGGUCAAACUGGUAAGCCCUCCAUGAUCGGACACCCCAUCUACAGCCCUUACCCGCCGGCCGAGCAGCCUCUGGGCCAGUGGAGCAACACGCCGCCCACUCAGUACCCCGCGGCCCACCACCUCUCAACGGACUACCCCAGUCAGGCGGUGCACCCUGGGUAUCACCAUAACAACGUGGCCGAAUGGAGCCAGUACCCGCUCUUCUCUUACUCGUGCUGGUGA